UGUUAAAAAAUGAUCAUCUAAUAUCUCUAAUAUCAUUUACGUCCUUUUGAGCUGUUGUUCUCGAUGUAAGUGUUUUCUGUUGGAUCCGUGUAUCCGAUCUUGAUUUUUUUAGAAAAUUGUGAUUAAAAUGGGUGGAGGAGAUUUGAAUCAGAAGAAAUCAUGGCACCCGAGCACGAUGAAAAAUCAGGAGCGCGUCUGGAAGGCCGAACAAGCUGAUGCUGCAGAAAAGCGGAAGCUUGCCGAAUUGCAGCAAGAAAUAAACGACGAACGGAAUCGCGAGGAGCUCCAGAGUAUAGCCAAAAAGUCCGGCCUCAUUCCGGAUGAUGGAAGCGGAGACCGGAAGCUGGAAUGGAUGUACAGAGGACCCCAGGUCAACCGUGAAGAGUAUCUGCUUGGCCGGACGGUUGAUAAACACUUUGAACAGUUGGAUGCCCAGGAACGGGCCGGACCGAGUGUUGGUAUCUCUCAGCCAAAGAAUCACGUUGAGCACGAAUGUAUUCCGUUUUCGAUAAGAGAAUACAAAGGACUGGAAGGGUCCGAACAGGUGGACAUGGUUCGGAAGCUUAUGGAGGAUCCAUUGAUGGCCAUCAAGCAAAAAGAAGUCGAAAGCCGACAGAAAAUACUUCAGAAUCCGGUCAAGCUAAAAGAACUGCACCAUCUGUUGAAAAAUGAUGACACCAUCAAGGGCAAAAAGGGCCGAAAAAAGGAAAAGAAAGAGAAAAAAAAAAAAUCAAAAAAGAAGCGACGAGAUCAUUCAUCUAGCAGUCGUUCCGCUAGUGACGAUUCUGGAGGAGACGACAGAGAUCUGGACAAACUACUUACUGAGAAGUAUAAAAAAGUUCAAAGCAGAAUCGAUACAGAGCAAAACGAAGAUAUCAAUCUGGAUAAAUUACUUAGCAUGAAGUAUCAAAAGCUUUCAAAAGAGCUUAACAAAAUGUCCAAAUCCAAAAAAUCUAAAAAGAAAAGGCACCAAUCCAGCAGUUCGGAAGAUGAUAGUUCUGACUCUGAAAGAGAGCGAAAAGUGCGAAAACGUAAUGCUGUUUCCAGAGAAAAAGACAGGUCAGGGAAUCCUAGGCAAAGAAAUAGGUCCCGUAGUUUACAAAGGAAACACAGGUCGCGGACCCGUUCUAAAAGUGCGGACAGAUUUUCUCACCGAGACCGAAAUCGUCCUAGAAGUCGUGAACACAAACAGUCACCUGACCGUUUCAGAAAACGUUCUCCUUCAAGGGAUCGUAAAAACCAUCGUACAAGAUCUGUUUCCAGCAGCUCGAACUCCUCUCCCGAGGAACCUAGGAGAAAUCCUCAUAUGGAUUCCGAUGAAGAAGAAAGGCGCCCGGCGAAGAAAAACUUCGGUUUGGUCACAUCGUCUGGCAAAAAAUUGGAACUAAACAAACGAGAUGAAGUGAAAUUGUACAAGCGUGAAGAAAUCAAAGCCAGCCAAUCGAGUCAGAAACCCUCCUGGAGUAGGCCAGAGAAGAAAAAAAUUCUCACCGAGGAAGAAAUGGAAGCCAGGAGAAGGGAAAUGUUGGGUAAUGCUGCUUGGAGGGACCAGGAACGACAGAGAAACGUAAAACAGUACGAAGACGAUGAUCGGCGCCAGGAGGAGAAAGAAGGUCACCGAAAGUACGAUAAAGAGUUCGUAAAUCGCCAAUUCAAGCAUGCUGCCGAUAAUGAGACCGUCGAGCGGAGGAUCAAAUCUAACCGAAACAACAUCCAAAGGGCCGGUGGCUCUAUGAGCAAUAAUUUUGCUAGACGCUAGAGAGUAUUUAAAUGGAAAUUACUUAUGUCAAUGUUUCAUGUGGUUCACAAUAAAAUAAUUCUGCCGAA